GCUUCAGACCGGUUUGGUACAUGGUCGAGUCACGAAGUUCGUACGUGUCGUGACACGAUUUUUUUUUCGGAUAGUAGUCCUUUUUCAGUUUGUCGUAGUCUUUCGACCCCAAAUUAAUGGGACCUCUGUCGUUGCUCCGACACUAUCCACAGCUUCUUUGUUGACAUUUUCCUUUACAUUAUCGCCUUCACAACUGCGAACCGCCGUGAACGGAUUAUGAGGUGUAAAUCGAGCGGGAAUUCGUGUCAAUUGAAGCGUCCGUCGGUGAUCCAACCCAACAUAUUUUUCUUAUUUUGCGCAAUAACGUCCGCCGCCCGAUAGUGGAUCAAGAUGGACGACAAUCUGUUGCUGGCGAUCAACACGACCUGGUGGCCGAAUGGAAGCGAUUCGAUGAGCGAAGAUGUGAAUCAGUCCAUCUUAGCAUCGACAGCCGAUCCAGCGUUCGUGCGCUUUCGUGAUGAAUCUCGCUUUUGGGUACAAAGGGUGCUGUUGCCCAUCAUUGCAACCAUCGGAGUCUUUGGCAAUGGAGUCACAAUCCUGGUACUGACUCGCAGAGGGAUGCGUUCGUCCACUAAUGCCUACCUAACUGCCCUGGCCAUUGCUGACCUCGUUUAUUUGCUGUGCGUGUUUUGGCUAUCGCUGCGCCACUACCCACACGUCAAGGAAGAUCUGUCUCUUUCUAAUUUCUACGCUUACACCUGGCCAUACAGUCUUUGGCUCACCGACGCUACUACUAACACUUCCGUUUGGCUGAUUGUGACCUUUACGGUGGAGCGCUACAUCGUCGUGAGCCAUCCGAUUCGCAGUCGAAUGCUGUGCACCGAAUCACGAGCGAGGCGAGUUAUCGUGGCCGUCUAUUUGAUCUGUUUCACGGCAACUCUAUCGACGCCGUUCGAGUGGACGAUUUUAGAAAUGACGGACCCAAUUACAAACGUCACCAAAGCUGAAAUCACACCGAGCUACUUGGGCAACGAUGAAACCUAUCAGACCAUCUACUAUUGGUUCACCAGCAUCACAUUCGUCCUACUACCGUUGACGUUGCUCAUCGUGUUCAAUUCGUUCCUGAUCCAUUCAGUGCGCCAGAGUCAGAAGCUGCGCCAGAUAAUGACACAGCGCCAGACAAUCACGAAGAGCGACCGGGAGGAGCGGGCCGCUUCCAACGAGAUCCGCAUCACGGUGACCCUCAUCGCUGUCGUCAUUAUGUUCCUGGUGUGCCAGCUGCCAACUGCAGCGACGCUCAUAUACAAAAUCUUCCACGCUCCGGAGCCGCAGUCGAACGAAGAAGCCGUUCUUCGAGCCCUGGGCAACAUUUUCAACUGUCUCGUUUCCAUCAAUGCUGCUUGUAAUUUUGUGCUCUACUGCGCCCUCAGCGACAAGUACCGUCGCACUUUUAUGCGCACUUUCUGCCGCUGCAUCUACCGGCCCGCUAGUCAUUUCUUCACGCAGGUGGAAGACACCGGCCAUCACGCUAAUCACCAUAGCCGGCAAGCAUCGGUUUGCGUCAAUCAACGCGAUCGAUACUCACCCGGACGGCCAGCGCAAAUUCUUCGCACUUCGGUCACUCAAAGUCCAGUCAACGGUUCGUACCUGGCCAUACCUGACGGGAGCGAAUCGAUUGGUUGUCAGGCAUCUUCACCUUCAGUCACGCGUCGUCAAUAUGUUGGCCAGCCUGGCCGGAGUUUACGCAGUACAAAUUUACAGUCGAACAGCUGUGACGAUCAGACUAAUACGAUGUUGACAACCAAUCCACUCCUAAUAAGCAAAAUUACUUCGAGCGAGCCGGCGAGUGGGACACGAUGGCCCAUCAAAUGGUGGCGACCCAUGGCUAGUAGGCGGAAGAUUCCGUCGAAUACUAAACCUAGUAACAUCCUUAUCAAAGUCACCUCAGAUGCUGUGGAAGAGACUAGUCACGAAGUCCAACCGAGCGAAGAGUGUUCCCUAAAACAAAUCAGUGACGGGGAAAUAGCUUUCGUCUGAGCGAUUCUUUCGUUAUCACCGCUUGGCUGAAUUCGGGCCUAUUCGUUUUUCUUUUCAAUUCCGGCCAAAUCUUCCUUGAAGAUCCCUUUCCAAAAAAACGGGGGGGGGGGGGGCCGACUGCAGA